AUUUUAUCACUUGACAGAAGUCAGUGUAAAAUCACACACGCACCGUUCCGGCCAGCACAAUUUUCCGUGUUUCUAAAUUUUUGAUUGAAAAAUCGAAUAAAUUCACACAAAAAUGUCCGAUUACAGUUCAACUCCAACAAGUGGCGGUGACUCAGAGUUGCAAGACUUUUUGAUGGCCGAAAAACAAAAGGCACAAGUUAAUGCACAAAUUCAUGAAUUCACCGAAAUUUGCUGGGAGCGAUGCGUUGACACACCGGAAAGCAAACUCAGUAGCAAAGCCGAAACAUGUUUAUCAAAUUGCGUUGACCGAUUUAUUGAUACAUCGCUGCUGGUCACCAAUCGUUUUGCCCAACUUUUGCAAAAACAUCAAGACUAAACGCUCUGGACUUUUUCUGAUGAGCAGGCAUUUACAAAUUAGUGUGUUCAUUUGCAAAUCGACGUGCAUUAAUACACCGAAACUUAGAAUUUAUGUUAACAAAAUGUAAAGUACUUCGAAUAAACGGGAAAAAUUGACAAACAAUAUCAA